AAUUGGGAUUAUUUUUAUAAUGAGUGCAAACAAGAAACAUGUUUUGUUUGCUAAUUACCCGGGGUGGGAUUGCCUUUCAACUUUGACUAGAGCGUCCAAAAACUGAGCCGCGGAUGUCUCGUACUCUGGAUGAUUUGGACGAAUGGUACAAUAGGUAUCAAUUUGUUUCUUUUAAGGAUUAAAUUGAUACAACCAGUCUUGUUAUUUAGGAGGGAGAGGAGAAGAAACAACCCAAAAUCACUUCUUUUAUCAGUUAUUAAUCUCAUGGAUGAACAGAGCAUACUCGGUAACAACUAUAUAGAAGAUGUCCGUUGGCUCUGCUCUCUAUCUGCGUCCGAACUCGAUUUCAUGAUGGGUUUGAAAACUUUGAUACAUCAACGUGCCAAGAAAAUCGGUCAUGAAACCCUAGUAAAGAAAUUUGAUUUACGAACGCUUCGAGCCCUCAGUUUUGUAUUGAUGACAAAUCUGAAAGGGCAACUUAAGAAUUUAUCGGCAACUUCAAGCUUUGAGUGUAAUUUGCUGAAUCAUAAUCUCAGUGAUAGUUUUAGUAGUAUGAAAAUCGAGGAUUUGAUUCCAUAUAUUUGCUCAGACAGGAGGAAAAGAAUAGCAGACAUGUAAGUUAAUUAUGAAAAACUCUUUAUAGGUCUUAUUUUGAUCGGACCCUUGUUCAUAAUCAAACCAUAUUCUCUUCA